AUGGCAAAUUUAAUUAUGUUGCCUCUGCUGCUUUUGGGAAUGAUAAGUACGGUGACUCCUCAGACUACAGGACAUCUGUACCCAAUUGGCGGAACAAGAAGCAGUAACACGGAUGAUGGAAGUUCUCCGUUCAUUUCCCUGCAGCAACCUUUUCUGUAUUUCGGACAGUCGUACCAUCAGAUUUAUGUGAACCACAAUGGACAUCUGACCUUUAACAGACCUUGGCAUAGUUACAUACCACAACAGUUUCCACUUCAUGGAUCCAGGGACGUCAUUGCUCCAUUCUGGACGGAUUUAGACAACAGACGAAAUGGUCAGAUCUACUACAACCAAUACACCAGUGGCAGGAUCCUCCAUCAAGCUACGCGAGACAUUAAUCGUUACUUCCCAGGAUUGAAUUUCAAUGCCAACUGGGUCUUUGUUGCAACAUGGUAUGAGGUGGCCUACUUUUCCAACACUGGAACACAAACAACGGUCCAAGCAGUCUUGAUCUCUGGUGGCCGGUACUCAUUUGUGCUGAUGAACUAUGGGAUAAUAGCCAACACAACACGAAAUGUUCAGGCUGGAUUUGACACAGUGAACUCCGCUCACCAUUUCUCCAUACCUGGAUCUUUCUCUAACAAUGCAACAGGACCUAACUCAAAUUUCCGCCUGAGCAGCAAUGUCAAUGAACCCGGACGCUGGGCUUUCCGGACAGACCAUGGAUCAAGAGGCUGUACUUUCAAUGGUGAAUCUGUGCAGCUGGGUGACUCAUUCUGGAGCGACAGUACCUGUUCACAGAAGUGCACCUGCACCUCAGCGGGCCUGCAGUGUCAGAGCCAAAGCUGCUCCUUUUCCCAAAUCUGCCAACCUACUAACUUUCAGUUCUCCUGCCAGACAGUGCGGAGAGGCACCUGCCGCAUUAGUGGUGAUCCGCAUUACUAUACCUUCGAUAACGAAGUGUUUCACUUCCAAGGCACCUGCACUUAUGUUCUCUCUGAGCAAUGUGGUCAUGGGUUGCCCUACUAUAGAGUAGAGGGCAAGAAUGAGCAUCGGGGCAGCACUCAUGUUUCCUGGACACGACUGGUCAAAGUGUUUGUCCAUAAUGAAACCAUUGAGCUUGUCAAGGGACGUCGUGGUGUGGCUAAGGUCAAUGGCAUCUUUGCAGACACUCCAUUCUAUCUCAACAAUGGAACGGUGCAGGUUUAUGAGUCAGGUUUCUCUGUGAUCAUCAGUACUGACUUUGGCUUGGAGGUGUCUUAUGACGCACAUCAUUACGUUACGAUCAGUGUGCCCUACACUUACCAAAAUGCAACAUGUGGCCUGUGUGGAAACUUCAACAACAAUCCCAGAGAUGACUUUCGUACCCGCCAAGGAGAAGUUGUGAGCUCUGACGUGGUUUUUGCCAACAGCUGGCAAGCAGUGGGAGACGAUGAGCCUGGUUGUGAGACACAGUGUGGAGGUCUGAGCUGUGCUGCCUGUACUCCGGCUCAGACAGCUUUAUACAGCAAUACUGACCAUUGUGGUAUCCUCCAGAGCAGUUUUGGACCUUUUGCCGCUUGCCAUCAACGACUUCCCCCAAUGACCUUUGUGCAAAGCUGUGUGUACGAUCUGUGUGUAGGAGAAGGGUAUCAACCCAUUCUGUGCCAAGCCCUAAAUGCGUAUGCAAGACAGUGUCAACAGAAUGGUAUCCAGCUGCCAAGCUGGAGGAGACAAGGCUUCUGUGAAAUCCAGUGCCCAGCCAACAGCCACUUUGAGUCACAGGGCACAUCAUGUCCUGCUACCUGUGUCAACCCCAAUUCUACCCACAACUGCCCUCUUCCUGUCCAGGAGAGCUGCAUCUGCAAUUCAGGCUCCAUCCUAAGUGGUGGGGUCUGCAUCCCUCAAGCUGAGUGUGGCUGCAGCUUUGAGGGUCGCUACUACCGCUCUGGAGAAACUGUAAUACUGGACGAGGACUGUGGGAGACGUUGUAACUGCAGUUAUGGCUCCAUGACAUGCCAAUCCAAUGGUUGUGGCCCACUUGAAUCAUGCAGUGUGGAGGAGGGAGAAAGAGGAUGCAGACCUAACAGCUAUGGAACAUGCUGGAUAAAAGGCCCAGGGUCAUAUCAUACGUUUGAUGGAUUGACAUACCUCUAUCCUGGGGCGUGUCGAUUGACCCUUGCCAAAGUUAUGGGCUUGUCUAGUUACCCACAUUUUGUGGUGACAGCAGAAAAACUGCCCAGAGGCCAGCAGGGUUUUGCCAGAUUGCUAAAAUUUGAGGCAGAAGGAACACACGUGUCUAUUGAGAUGGCAAAUAGCAACAGAGUACAGGUUGACGGUCAGCAGAUCAGACUGCCAUUCAGCUCGGCAUCCAACCGAAUCCAAAUCUACCACAGCAGCAUUCACAGUAUCAUCAUUCGCACCUCCUUUGGUGUAACUGUGCAGACUGUUUGGCCUCACUUUGUGCGUGUCACUGCACCUGGUAUCUACAACGGUUCAUUAGGUGGACUCUGUGGUAAUUACAACGGCCACCCACAUGACGACUUCCGGACACCCAACGGCAUUCUGGUCAACAGCUCUCAGGACUUUGGGGACAGUUGGCGGGACGGCUCCCUCGCUGCACACUGUGUGGAAGGUGUAAAUCCUAACUCUACAACAAACUACAACUCUAGUGAGUACUGUGGCAUUCUUGGCUCACCACAUGGGCCGUUUGCCCAGUGCUGGGCUACAGGGGACUCCCAGCAGCAUGUGGAUGCUUGUGUGGGGAUCAUUAGAGCCUCUAGAGAUCCAGCAUCAGCGCUAUGUGAGGUCCUACGAGAUUAUGCACUAAUGUGUCAACAGAAAGGAGUUGCCCUUGGAGACUGGAGGAAUGCAACUUACUGUGAGCAAAACUGCCCCCAAAACAGCCACCAUGAAGUCUGUGGAAGCUCUUGUCCUUCCACCUGCCCAAGCCUCUCUUUCCCUUUCGCCUGUGACACUGUAUGCCAGGAUGGGUGCCAGUGUGACGAUGGUUUCAUCCUUAAUGGCAACGAGUGCGUGCGACCUACAGCCUGCGGAUGCCAUCACCAGGGACGCUAUCGGCGAGGAGGCGAAAGGUUCUGGGAUGGUGAGGAAUGUCAGAGCUUCUGUACCUGUAAUGGCACUACUGGGGCAGUCCAUUGUAUCUCCAACAACUGUGGUCCCCAGGAGUCCUGCCGUGUGGUGGAGGGUGAGUUUGGCUGCCAUCCCAACCCUCAUGGCACCUGCUCUGCCUCUGGUGACCCCCACUACCUCACUUUUGAUCACAAGGCCUAUGACUUCCAGGGAACCUGCCGCUAUGUUUUGGCGACCCUUUGUAAUGCCACAGAUGGACUCCACCAAUUUUCAGUUGAAGCUAAGAAUGAGCAGUGGAGCGGGCAGCCAGUUUCAGUCACAGCAGAAGUUUUGGUGACUGUGCGAGGCUAUCGAGUGCAAAUGUCGAGGGAGAGCCGUGGUGUGGUACAGGUGAACGGAGAAACCAAAAACUUACCUAUUCUCCUGAAUGGAAGUAGUGUCUCUAUCUAUGCAAGUGGAUUUCGCACAUACGUCAAUGCUGAUUUUGGCCUGAGCGUCAUGUACGAUGGAUGGUAUACAGUGUCUGUCUCUGUACCGGCAAGUUACAGAGGAAAAACAUGUGGGCUUUGCGGAAACUUCAAUGGAAAUCCAAAUGAUGACUUCCACACCCCAUCUGGAAUGAUGGUUACCACUCCACAGGAGUUUGGGGCAGCCUGGAAAGUGGCAAGCAACGACACCUGCAGUGAUGGGUGUGGCUCCUCCUGCCCACAAUGCAUCAAUGAGCGGCCUGCUAGAGCCCAAUGCGAGGUGAUUCAGGCAUCUGACGGCCCCUUAAGCUUCUGCCAUGAACAGGUGGACCCAGCGCCAUAUUUCGCUGACUGUGUGUUUGAUGUUUGCGUGUCGAGAAGCGAGGGCCAAGAUCUUCUAUGCAGAGCCGUUCAGGCGUACGUCACUGCCUGUCAGUCUGCUAAUGUUCGGAUCUACCCUUGGAGACAGAACACCACCUGCAGACUUGACUGUCCCGCCAACAGCCAUUAUGAGCUGUGUGGUACCGACUGUGGCCACGUCUGUGCCAGCAGCAUUGAUGCCACCUGUGAGCAAGUUUGCUCUGAGGGAUGUUUCUGUAAUGAAGGUUUUCUCAGGAGUGGGACAAGAUGUGUCCCCGUGGAAAGCUGUGGCUGUCAAUAUGACGGAUUCUACUACAACGCUGGUGAGUCCUUCUGGACAGAGGGUUGCUCCCAGCGAUGUGAAUGCCAUGCUCCCAAUGACCUGCGCUGUUCUGCCGCGUCUUGCACUCCUGCACAGCAGUGCACCAUCAGAAAUGGCGAGCUGGGCUGUUUUGAUGACAUGUCUACUUGCACUGUGUGGGGCGAUCCACACUACAUCAGCUUUGAUGGGGCACUGGCUCAUUUCCAGGGCACAUGCUCUUACAUCAUUGCUGAGAGUGUGAGCAACGGCACCAAUGAAACACAGUUUCAGGUAGUAGCCACCAACAAUCACCGUGGCAACAACCGUGUGUCAUUUGUGUCAGCAGUGGAUGUAUACCUCUCAAAUCAACCAGAGAGUGUGCAUGUCAGGAUUGGACCCAACAAAAGAGUACAGGUAAAUGGAAGUGAGGUGUCUCUGCCCACCACUGUAGGAACAUUAGCUCAGGUAGUAAGACAGGGAAGCUACAUCUUGGUUGAUGCCAUUGACCUGAAAGUCAACUUUGACGGCCAGAGCACUUUACUUGUCAGACUUGGUCAAGACCGUCAAAAUAGAGUCACAGGCAUGUGUGGAAACUUCAACAGGGAUCCUUCAGAUGACAAAGUCUUGCCCGAUGGCACAUCGGCACAAAAUGACAAUCACUUUGGACACAGCUGGAAGGCAUCCACAAGCCAACCAGGAUGUGGAUCCACCGAUGAAAGGAUUGAUGAUGGACUGAACGACUGUCCCUUCAUGGAAGAAUACUCAGAGCUCUGCAGUGUCAUCACCAACAGUAGCGGUCCAUUCAGUGCCUGUCACCUGCACUCUGAUCCUCAGCCAUUUUUCAGUUCCUGUGUCUACGACCUCUGCCUCUACACUCCAGCCAAUGGCAUGCUGUGUUCUGCAGUCUCCGCCUACGAGAGCACCUGCUCUGUUUUGGGGUUAGACAUCCCUGAGUGGCGCUCUGCUUUGCGGUGUGCUGAGUCAGACCCCUGUGAACAGCUGGACUGCACAGAGGAUGAGUGGUGUGGUGAGAAGGACGGUGUGUACGGCUGCUUCUGUGAUGAGCACCACCAUCGGCCCAACAAUGAGAGCUACGACUCGUCUAUCACCUGUGCCAGUAGUUCAGGAACCAUGUCUGUGUCGCGCUGCCAGCUGUUUGAAGCUGGCUUCUACUCCAGCGCCCUCCACCUCCGAGAUCACUCCUGCAAUGGGACACUCCAGGACGGACGACUGGUGUUCCAAUUUAACAAUGAAGACCAGCUGUGUGGGACAGCUCUCAGGAGCAACGGAACCCAUUUCGUCUAUGAAAACACCAUCCAGGGCGACGUGGACCCUCAUGAAGGUCCAAUCAGCCGUCAGAGGAACAUUCAUUUGCUUUUCAGCUGCGAAUACUCUCUGACCCAGGCCCUGUCUAUGGCUGUGGGCAUCAACCCUGUAGAGAGCAUUGUGAGGAAGAAGCUUCCAUCAGGCAUUGGACAGUAUCAUGUGAGAAUGAUCCCCUAUCAGGACGCUGGCUACCACUUCCCCAUGGCCGGUAUCGGGAACCUAGAAAUGGAAAUUGACCAGAGGAUGUAUGUGGAGAUUCAGACAGAAGGAGUCGAUUCAAGGCAGAUCUCCACCGUUGUGGACUCUUGCUGGGCCACGCCAGUCAACAUCCCUAGCUACCCUGUCCGCUGGGCUCUCAUAGAUGCAGAAUGUCCUAACCCAGCAGAUGGUACAGUAGAACUGGUUCAGAACGGCAUCUCCACUGUGUCCCGGUUCUCCUUCAGGAUGUUCACCUUUGACAACUUUUCUUCCAUCUACCUGCACUGCCAGGUCCACCUGUGUCUUCUGAGACACAGCAACUGCACAGCUCACUGCUACCCAGGACACCACAACCGAGUUGAGAGGGACGUAUCCCAGCAUGCCCUUACAGACAUCUCACUAGGACCAUUCACCGUGUCGCCACGUUGGACAGCCCGAAUGGUGAAUCCCAGCAGUGCCCCAGGCCAGUUGGCCUCACUGGUGACCCUGCUCGUCAGUUUGCUGACAGCAAAAACUCUGGUCUAG